AAUGGUAAGAAAUCUCAAGAUCUGUGUAUACUUUCUAUAAUUUGUGGAUUCUUUCUAUAAUGAAAUCUCAAGAUCUGUGUAUACUUUCUAUAAUGUACCCUACCCUUCUCCUAUCAAUGGCUGCUCCAUGGGUUGAUGCUGCAUAUAUGGCUGUGAUAGACAGACACCCACCUAUAUGUUUAGGUUACGCAGAUUCUCAACGUAAAGCAUGACGUAGAUUCUCAACGGGUCCAUGCUGCUAUAAAUGCGGGUCCAUGCUGUUAUAAAUGCAUCGCGUACUAAAGGAUGACGUAGAUUCUCAACGUCAUCCUUUAGUACGCGACGCAUUUAUAGCAGCAUGGACCCGCUUGCCUCAUGACCAGUUGUAUAUCCCUAGAUGGUAUCGUUAUACACAACCGAACAACUAUAAGCACAGGUUAGAUAAGUCUCUUCAUGUUUGGACUCACCCACAAGUUCUUCGUGGCAUCCAAUUAUUGAACUGGGUUCCUCCUGCACAAGGCUUUUGUCAAGUAGCCACAGAUGGGGCGAGUAGUAAAGGUAAGGCGACAGCAAGUUAUGGUGGAGUGUUGAGGUUUGCUGAUGGUCUGAUUAUGGCUUACGUAUAUGGGGGAUAUGUUUUUCUAGAUUCACCUGAACUCCAAGAGUUGUUAGGAGUCAUGUAUGGGUUGGAACUUGCUAAAAAAUGUGUAGUAAGGAAUGUAGAACUUAUUAUGGAUUCUCUUAAGGCGCCACGCUAUAUCGAAGACGGCACGAAUCCACCUUAUCCAACCCUUCUUCCUGUUCCACUUCCUAUACAGGUUGAGGUUGAUGCUGUUGGUUUCACCGAUGUAAGUUCACAAAGGAGUGCUCGGUUUCAAGCGUCAGAUAUAUCUUCUGUUAAGAAAAGCAACCAGACGCAGUUGUGGAUAUAUAAUGAAAAGAUUAGAGUUCUUGGUGUAAUUAGAAGGUUAGUUUGACUUCUUCAAAACCGGCGGAAGGCAAAUUGAGAUGGCACAACGUCUGCGAGAGCAGAAUUUCUUGGCAGACUGUACGACUAGAGUAUGUGAACUUCCCACAGUGGGACCUGUGUACGUAUUCAGUAAUGACCGUAUGCCCGAUAUUGUGAUUCCUUACUGCUUCCAUAACAUCGCAGAGCGUGAUCGCCUUCAAUUGGAACCUUAUAUAAGGGUUGAUCCUAGUCGUUUCCGACCAUAGAAUAAUUGAAUGAAUGUGUGGAAUGAUGGAUGAUGGUGGAAAGGGAGAUAAAGAGGAUAUCUUUCCUUGAAUGUUUGUACCUGAGUUUAAACUUCCUUUUGAUCUGUUAUAAGUCUACUUCCUUUUGAUCUGUUGUACAACAGAUAGAUGUUUAGUUGUGAAUGUUUAGAUGUUUUGGUACUUGGUUCUCUCUUUAAUCUAAGACUUUGAAAGUUUAUUUCUGCUA